AUGGAGCUCGCCAUCGGGACGCCGCCUGUGCCGUUCGUCGCCCUCUUCGACACCGGCAGCGACCUCACCUGGACGCAGUGUCAGCCGUGCAAGCUCUGCUUCCCGCAGGACACACCCGUCUAUGACCCGACUGCCUCGUCCAGCUUCUCCCCUCUGACCUGCUCCAGCAACGCGUGCCUGCCCGUGUGGAGCCGUGGAUGCGCCCCAAGCUCCCUCUGCGGCUACCGCUACGCCUACGGCGACGGCUCCCACUCGGCUGGCGUCCUGGGCACGGAGACGCUCACGUUCGGCUCUGGCCCCGGCCAAGUACCGGCCGGCUUUGCCGGAGCUGUCGCGUUCGGCUGCGGCAGAGACAACGGGGGCGACUGGUACAACUCCACCGGGCUCGUCGGCUUCGGUCGCGGGAGCCUGUCCCUCGUGGCGCAGCUAGGGUUCGGGAAGUUUUCCUACUGCCUCACCGACUUCUUCAAUACCAGUCUGGGCAGCCACGUCUCGUUCGGCUCCCUCGCGGAGCUGGCCCACGGUGGCGGCACCGCCGUGCAGUCGACGCCGCUUGUGCAGAGCCCACAGAGUCCAUCGUGA